AGAGCGGGGUUCUGCGCGGUCCCUGGCUGUUCUGGGCGCUAGUCUCCCGGCAACAGGGCCCCGCGGGGAGAAAGCGUCCAGGCCGGGGCCGCACACUGACGAGCGCGGCGCGGAGCGAGACCUGGUGACGAUGGCGGGGCCGCUGGCGCUACAGCUGGAACAGUUGUUGAACCCGCGCCCGCGCGAGGCGGAUCCUGAGGCGGACCCAGAGGAGGCCACUGCUGCCAGAGUGAUUGACAGGUUUGAUGAAGGGGAAGAUGGGGAAAGUGAUUUCCUGGCGGUGGGUAGCAUUAGAAAACUGGCAUCAGCCUCCCUCUUGGACACAGACGAAAGGUAUUCUGGCAGGGCUACUUCUAGAAAAGCUUGGAAGAAGGACCAUUGGGAGGAGACUCUGCCAGAUUCAUCUGACCAGGAGAUACCUGAUGAGGAAGAGUCUGGAGAUGGAGAUUCAGAGGGGCUGGGUCUGGAGGGAUCCGAUGAGGAUGCCAUGAGUGCUGCUGAGGAAGAAGAGUGUGAUGAUGACAGGGACGGUAGUCUGGCCUGGAAGAAGAGCCAAAACCGCACUGGGAAAACACCGGGUUUUAGUGUCCAGAGCAUCAGUGACUUUGAAAAGUUCACCCAGGGAAUGGAUGACCUUGGUAGCAGUGAGGAGGAGGAAGAUGAAGAGGAGGAGGAGAGUGGCAUGGAAGAAGGGGAUGGGGAGGAAGACUCUGCGGGUGAGAGUGAGGAAGACAGAGCUGAAGACAGGAAUAGUGAAGACGACGGUGUCGUGAUGACGUUCUCUGGCGUCAGAGUUUCUGAGGAAGUGGAGAAAGGAAGAGCUGUGAAGAACCAGAUAGCACUGUGGGACCAGCUCUUGGAAGGAAGGAUCAAGCUACAAAAAGCUCUGUUGACCACCAAUCAGCUUCCUCAACCAGAUGUUUUCCCUAUUUUCAAGGACAAAGGUGGCCCAGAAUUUGCCAGCGCACUAAAAAAUAGUCACAAGGCCCUUAAAGCAUUGUUGAGAUCAUUGGCAGAUCUUCAGGAAGAGUUACUUUUCCAGUACCCAGACACUAGAUAUUUAGUAGACGGGACAAAGCCCAAAGCAGAAAGUGAGGAGGAGAUUUCCAGUGAAGAUGAAGAUCUAUUAGAAGAGAAGAAGAAGCAGAGAAGGGCCCCACCAAAGAGGAAGCUGGAAAUGGAGGACUAUCCCAGCUUUAUGGCAAAGCGUUUUGCUGACUUUACAGUCUACAGGAACCGCACACUUCAGAAGUGGCAUGAUAAAACCAAGCUGGCUUCUGGAAAACUGGGGAAGGGUUUUGGUGCCUUUGAACGCUCAAUCUUGACUCAGAUCGAUCAUAUUCUGAUGGACAAAGAAAGAUUACUUCGAAGGACACAGACCAAGCGCUCCAUCUACCGAGUUCUUGGCAAAUCUGAACCGGCAACGCAGCUUCUCCCGGAGAGUUUGCCAGGACAACCAGAGGUCCUUCCUCAAGCCCCUGCCAAUGCCCACCUGAAGGACUUGGAUGGUGAAAUCUUUGAUGACGAUGACUUUUACCACCAGCUCCUUCGAGAACUCAUAGAACGGAAAACCAGCUCCUUGGAUCCCAACGAUCAAGUGGCCAUGGGAAGGCAGUGGCUUGCGAUCCAGAAGUUACGAAGCAAAAUCCACAAGAAAGUAGAUAGGAAAGCCAGCAAAGGAAGGAAACUCCGGUUUCAUGUCCUCAGCAAGCUACUGAGCUUCAUGGCACCUAUUGACCAUACUACAAUGAAUGAUGAUGCCAGGACUGAGUUGUAUCGAUCUCUUUUUGGGCAGCUCCACCCUCUUGACGAAAGCCAAAGGGACUGACCGCACCCGCCACUCUUGCUACAGGCCCGAGGCGGGAACCCGGACACACGGACAGGUGGACACACCGUGCACCGGCUCGCCAGCCCCAAACACGGGAAGCCGUCAGCCCAUGACUUUGGGCUAGCUGGGGAGUCCUGGGCAGGUGGGGGAUUUAGAGCACGUGCCUAAUAAGACCCAGGAAGCCUGGAGUCAAGUGUCCAUGUCCCCCAUGCUUCAGUUUGCUGGGGACCCACGCCCCACGCUCGUUCACCAUCACAAAUAAACCGUGUUGUUACGGCCAUGGCCACGCGCAUGAUGUCUUAGACAGCACGGAGUCAGUCGGCUUGAGAGAUCUGGUAGAGGGACAGGUUUGUGGGGGACGGUUUUCACUUUCUUUCCAGUCACACAGCCUCCUCUCAUGAUACAAAGUUCGUGGAAGCCAGGAUGCCGCUUACUGGGCGGGUCAUGUUUGGCGAUGGCUCAUGGCUCUGAGGAGCAGGGAAUCCCCAGAAACCUAUGAACUGUGCCCAGGAGACUCUGUUACUUGGAGGCAUUCGCCUGUGUGUCACAAAUACAGCUCCCUGACUUCUUUCUCAUUUCCUCCUCUUCCCCCUGUAGAUUUCUUCCACAGUCCUUUUCCAGUCUCACCAUUCCUAAAUCACUUUAUUGAGAUGAGCUCUGGUGUAAAUCCAGCAGGAGGAAAUGAUUCACUUGUUUUUCAUGCAAAGGUCAAAAGCUGGAAAUUAAAUCCCCAUAAGGGGGAUUUAUUGGCCUGCUGUGGUCAGUAUGCAAUGAAGAUUAUCUCGCAUAAGCAAUGUGUGUGUCCAGCGCUCGCUGCUGACCGCCCCUGGCUCCUUUGCCCACAUCUUUACAUGGAGCUGUGGAAUUCGAGAAGAAACGCGCAUUCAGUUGUGGUGCAGAACUAGUCACUAUUGUUAACGUCAGGUUCUGACACUGUUCUGAAAUGUCAGAACCAAGUGACAGAUUUGGGUACCCGGGAGUCCCACGUGUCGUACUGCCUCAGUGUCUGGGGGCCACGUGCCGGGCCUAGAGGCUGGGCUCCAGAUGCAGCAAGUCCCGCGUGUGACCGGCCUCACCCUGUAGUGUGAGCGUCAGAGCAUCUGCUGAGCUCAGGAUGGGCGGGAUGGGGGGGAGGUUUUUCCAUCUCACAUUAAUUGGACCUUGGUAUGUGAUGAUUUGUUUCUCUGGUCUCAGUACUUACCUCUUGGGCUUGACUGUCAGGGAAAUGUUUAAUUUUCAGUGUAUCUCCAGCUACCCAAAAGAUCAAUCAACAGGAAUCGAGUUCCCCCACAUUUACUCCCUUCAAAAUGAUCACUUUUUAAAAUGGAGAACAUCCAAUCCUGUCCACCUAGCCUGAGGAGCCCGAAUCGUGCACAUUAGAGCAGCAGUAAGUAACCUCCUGAUACGGGACUUCCGGUGAGCCUGCCACUAACCUCUGUUUCCUGAAGAGAUCGAAUCUUUGCCACAGUUACUCUUGACCUGAUAAAGAAAAAGAUUUAAACAAGCACUUCAAGAUAUUUGGAGUCCAACGUGUUUAAUUAAAAUGAAUUAAAAUCAGGAGAGAUGAGAAAGGACAGAAUUUUCAGUAAAGAGAGGCUUGCAUUUUAAAAUUCAGAAGACCACCCUCCUUCCAGCCAAGAAUAAAUUGGAAACUAUUUUAAUUGACACGGAUACUGCAAUUCAACUGUUACUAGAAAGACAGAUUAGUUGAUUGAUUUGCAUUUUAAUAAAACUAAUACUUUACAUUUUGGUAGCUAAUGCUGAUUUUCAAAUGAGGUGAGAACUGUUAUCACGAGUUUCCAUCCAGGGCCCUUUUUCAAUGUUGACUGAAGCAUUCCUCCCUUUUGUGUGGAGUUUGCUUAUUUUCUUUUUGCCCAGCUGACUACUGCACACGCAAAGCCUGGGAGCCACCGACCUUGGAGAGCUCCCAGAACGCUCGCAGCGGGGAGGGGGGGCCCGGCGGCGCCCCCCACCCACCAUGGGCUGGGAAGCAGGCAGUGGGCCCCUCCCCUCACGACAGAGGACGGAGGCUGCUUUCUUGCUUUAGAUUAUUUUACACUAACAACUAACUACAGAAAAGUAGAAGGGACAGGUAAGAAGUCCUGGCCAAUAUCCUGUUACCCAGAAAUAUCCUGUUACCGCCUCUCGGUGUUCACAGUUCAGUACUCCAGGGCCGUCUUUCCU